ACGGUCCUCGGCUGCAUCCGUGAGCGCGGGUCUGGCCCCUUCGGGAUUUGGGAUUUAUGUUUUUACACAUUUAAGUUAGUCGUUCUAGAAAAGGUUAUUUCUCUCCAACUUCAGCUACAGUGAUAGCUAAGUUUGGAGGGGAGAAAAAGGAAAUAUUCGUGUUUUUGCGUAGGAAAUAUUUGCAGAGAGGGUUUACUUUUGUCCUUCAACCUGAACAAUACAAAGACAUUUAAAUCCUAACAAUACAACAGAGCGAAUACAUUUAAUUUUCAACGCACAAUGGAGAAAACUGCAUCUAAAAAACCUUGCUGUGAAAGAGUUGGCGAAUUCUUCAAGUCUGCGAAAUGCCUCCUUUACAUCGGACAUGCCCUGUCAACAUGGGGGGAUCGGAUGUGGAAUUUUGCUGUGGCUGUGUUUCUGGUGGAGCUGUAUGGCAAUAGUUUGCUCCUGACAGCCGUGUAUGGCCUGGUGGUUGCAGGGUCUGUCCUCUUACUGGGUGCUAUUAUUGGUGACUGGGUGGACAAAAACCCCCGACUGAAAGUGGCGCAGAAGUCUUUAGUUGUCCAGAACAGUGCUGUCAUUCUUUGUGGUUUGCUUCUGAUGGCCGUUUUCCAUUUUAAAGUACAGCUCACCACCUUAUACAACGGAUGGUUGCUGACUACAUGCUACAUUAUGGUCAUCACCAUUGCUAACAUCGCUAACCUAGCCAGCACAGCUAUGUCCAUCACCAUCCAGAGAGACUGGGUUGUGGUUGUGGCUGGAGAUAAUCGGAGCCAAUUGGCAGAUAUGAACGCAACUGUAAGAAUAAUCGACCAGUUAACCAACAUUCUGGCUCCAAUGCUUGUGGGCCAGAUCAUGGCAUUCGGCUCCCAUUUCAUCGGCUGUGGUUUUAUCUCGGGGUGGAACCUGUUCUCCAUGUGCUUGGAGUACUUCCUGCUUUGGAAGGUUUAUCAGAAGACUCCAGCACUUGCUCUCAAGGCAGGACAGAAGGACGCUGACCAAGAGCUGAAGCAUCUCAAUGUACAAAAAGAGACUGGAAAUAGUGAAACUCCAUCUGAAGGCUCCCAGUUGAUGAAUGAAAACGCUGUGGGGAAGAAGAACACUGGUUGCUGCUACCACAUGACAGAACCCAUCCGCACCUUGAAGGAUGGCUGGGUGGCAUAUUACAACCAGUCCAUCUUCUUUGCUGGCAUGUCUCUGUCUUUCCUCUACAUGACUGUACUGGGCUUUGACUGCAUCACCACAGGCUACGCAUACAAUCAGGGCCUGAACGGCUCUGUGCUCAGUCUCCUCAUGGGAGCUUCAGCUAUAUCUGGAAUCUGUGGAACGGUGGCUUUCACCUGGAUCAGAAAGAAGUGUGGUCUGAUCAGAACCGGCUUCAUCGCUGGAGUCACCCAACUGUCUUGCCUCAUGCUCUGUGUAGCAUCUGUCUUCGCUCCUGGCAGCCCUUUCGAUCUCAGCGUCUCGCCCUUCGACGAGGUCUUGAAACAUCUGUUUGGAGACAAUGACUCGCUGCUUGAGAGCCCUACUCUUGUUUCUACGAUUGUACCGCAGAUCCAGAUCAACGCCACUAUUUUUGAGGAAGUCCCACAAGUAAAGUCCUAUAUGUCCGUCUGUCUUCUUUUCGCCGGUGUCAUUACUGCUAGAAUGGGUCUUUGGUCCUUUGAUUUGACCGUGACCCAACUGAUCCAAGAGAAUGUGAUUGAAUCUGAGAGAGGCAUCGUCAAUGGUGUCCAGAACUCCAUGAACUAUCUUCUUGAUCUCUUUCACUUCAUCAUGGUCAUCCUUGCACCAAAUCCAGAGGCCUUUGGCCUUCUCGUGAUCAUCUCGGUUUCCUUCGUUGUGAUGGGACAUAUGAUGUAUUUCAGGUAUGCCUAUAAAAGCCUACGGAGUCGACUCUUCCUGUUCUGUUCACCUGAGCAGAAGCCUGAUCUCAAUAUUCCCUCACUUCCAAACUCUGUAUAACUCGUAAAGGGACCGUAGGAGAUGCUCUACUAGAGUGUCACAUGCUGUGUUUUUCGAGAAACAGGUUCCAUCUGUUUUACUAACAUGCAUGCUUUUUCUGCUUGCAGUGCUUGUGCAUUGACUAUAUAGUCUUAGCCUUUAGCUAAAAUAAGCAAGAAGGAUC